UAAAAUCAAACAUGGAUACUACGGAGGUAACAACAGUUUCAAAGAAAUUAAGCGAGUGCAGUGAUAUUAAUGAUGUUUAUGGACCGAAUGUAAAGAUUCUUCCAUGUAAUAAUCAAGUGAAGGAAUUGCAAACUAUAUUGCGAGAUAAAAAUACCACGAGGAGUGAUUUCAAAUUCUAUGCUGACCGUUUGAUAAGAUUAGUGAUAGAAGAAAGUUUAAAUCAAUUACCUUUUUUUAAAUGUGUGGUAACUACACCAACUGGUGCCAAAUACAAUGGUUUAAGGUAUCAAAAAGGAAAUUGUGGGGUAUCUAUAGUAAGAAGUGGAGAAGCCAUGGAACAGGGUUUAAGAGACUGUUGUUGUAGUAUAAGGAUUGGGAAAAUAUUAGUUGAAAGUAACAUAGACACACAUGAAGCCAAGGUAGUUUAUGCAAAGUUUCCAGAUGAUAUAUCUGAAAGGAAAGUUUUAUUAAUGUAUCCAAUAAUGAGUACUGGAAAUACUGUCAUAAAAGCAAUUGCAGUCCUGAAGGAACACAAUGUACUUGAAGAAAAUAUCAUUUUAUCAAAUUUAUUUUGUACACCAAUUGCAGCUAAAACUCUAGUUACUGCCUUUCCUCAGAUGAAGAUUUUGACAUCGGAAAUUCAUAGCAUUGCCCCAAAUCAUUUUGGACAAAAAUACUUUGGCUGUUCUCGUUUCAUCGCAUGAAAGACUACAAAUAUACAAGGGAAAUAUAUUUGAAGAAUUUGUUUCAUAAACAUUGUGUAAAUGUUUAAUUUUAUUUCUUAACAAAUUUUAUUUAAUAAUA